GACUGGCCUGGCUUCGUCGGGAUGGCGAAGGCUAUUUCUCCCUGAGGUUGGUGGGAGCUGGGCCUCGGGCGAGGAAGGCUGGCGUUGGUGAAGCGCGCCUGGCGCCGAGGCUCCAGUAUAUAAAUCAGGCAAAUUCCCCAUUUGAGCAUGAACCUCUGAAAGCUGCCGGCAUCUAAGGUCUCCUCCCAGGCCUGCUGGAGUCCAGCCCAUAAUGAAGGUAUUUACAGCAGAAAAGAGCUACUUUUAAUGAAGUACACCAUCCAUUGUGAAAGUGGAAAAAUAAGGAUUGUUCAUCAUGCCUGCCGUGUCUUCAGUUCCUAAAGAACUCUACCUCAGUUCUUCACUAAAAGACCUCAAUAAGAAGACAGAAGUUAAACCAGAGAAAAUAAGCAUUAAGAAUUAUGUACAGAGUGCCAUGAAGAUCUUCAAGACAGCAGAAGAAUGCAGAUUAGAUCGUGAUGAAGAAAAGGCCUAUGUACUGUAUAUGAAAUACGUGACUGUUUAUAACCUUAUCAAAAAAAGGCCUGAUUUCAAGCAACAGCAGGACUAUGUUCAUUCAAUGCUUGGACCUACAAACAUCAGAAAAGCUAUUGAAGAAGCUGAAAGACUUUCUGAAAGCCUUAAACUCAGAUAUGAAGAAGCCGAAGUUCGGAAAAAACUUGAAGAAAAGGACAGACAGGAGGAAGAGCAAUUGCAAAAACAGAAAAGACAGGAAGCAGAAAGAGAGGAUAGUGGCACAUCAGCUAAAAGUUCUUUGGCAAAUGUAUUGGAUUCUAAAGACAAAACCCAAAAGAUAAAUGGUGAAAACAGUGAAAAAAAGGAGACCACAGAGAAAGGAUCGAUCACAGCAAAGGAACUAUACACAAUGAUGAUGGAUAAAAAUAUCAGCUUAAUUAUAAUGGAUGCUCGAAGAAUGCAGGAUUAUCAGGAUUCCCGUAUUUCAGAUUCUCUCAGUGUUCCUGAAGAAGCCAUCAGUCCAGGAGUCACUGCUAAUUGGAUUGAAGCAAACCUCCCAGAUGACUCUAAAGAUAAAUGGAUGAAGAGGGGGAAUGUGGAUUAUGUGGUACUUCUUGACUGGUUUAGUUCUACAAAAGAUUUACAACUUGGAACAACUCUACGGAGUCUGAAGGAUGCACUUUUCAAGUGGGAAAGUAAAACUGUCCUGCGCAAUGAGCCUUUGGUUUUAGAAGGAGGCUAUGAAAACUGGCUCCUUUGUUAUCCCCAGUACACAACAAAUGCUAAAGUCACUAUACCCCCACGAGGCAAGAAAGAAGAGGUGUCUAUCUCAUUGGAUUUUACUUAUCCCUCUCUGGAAGAAUCAGUUCCUUCUAAACCUACUGCACAGAUGCCACCUUCUAUAGAAGUAGAUGAAAAUACAGAAUUGAUAAAAGAUCAAGAUGAGAAAAUGAGACCAUUGACUUUAUCAACUCCAGUUGAACCAAUUAUUACUUCUAAGUCUGAUGUUUCACCCAUAAUUCAGCCAAUGCCUACUGUAAAGAAUUUUCCUCAGAUUGAUCGUACAAAAAAACCAGCAGUCAGAUUGCCUGAAGAUCAUAGAAUAAAAUCUGAAAGUACAGAUCAUGAGCAACCAUCUCCUCAGAAUGGAAAAGUUGUUCCUGAUCGUUCCACAAAGCCAGUACUUUCCCCUCCAACUGCUAUGUUAACAGAUGAAGAAAAAGCUCGUAUUCAUGCAGAAACUGCCCUUUUAAUGGAGAAAAACAAACAAGAAAAAGAACUUCGAGAAAGACAGCAAGAGGAGCAGAAAGAGAAACUGAGGAGAGAAGAACAGGAACAAAAAGCCAGAAAGAAACAAGAAGCUGAAGAAAAUGAAAUCACAGAGAAACAACAAAAGGCGAAAGAAGAACUGGAAAAGAGAGAAAGUGAACAGGCCAAGAAAGAAGAUAAAGAAACCUCAGCAAAGAGGGGCAGAGAAAUAACAGGAGUAAAAAGACAAAGUAAAAGUGAGCAUGAAACUACCGAUGCCAAGAAAUCUGUGGAAGAUAGAGGAACAAAGUGUCCAACCCCUGACGUACAGAAAAAGUCAGUGGGAGAUGUGCCCCAUGCCUCUGUGCUAGGAGAUUCGAGUUCAGGCAAGCCUGUAAAGAUUAAAGGACAGCCAGAAAGUGGAAUUCUAAAGACUGGAACUUUUAGAGAGAAUACAGAAGACACUGAAAGAAAUAAAGCUCGAGAGCCUUUGACAAGAGCACGAAGUGAAGAAAUGGGGAGGAUCAUACCAGGACUGCCUUUAGGCUGGGCAAAGUUUCUUGACCCAAUCACUGGAACUUUUCGUUAUUAUCAUUCACCUACCAACACUGUUCAUGUGUAUCCACCGGAGAUGGCUCCUUCAUCUGCACCUCCUCCCACCCCUCCAACUCAUAGAGCCAAGCCACAGAUUCCUGCUGAGCGGGAGAGGGAGCCCUCCAAGCUGAAGCGCUCCUACUCCUCUCCAGAUAUAACCCAGGCCGUCCAGGAGGAAGAGAAGAGGAAGUCUAUAGCGACUCCAACAGUGAAUCGGGAAAACAAGCCAACAUGCUACCCUAAAGCUGAGAUCACAAGGCUUUCUGCUUCUAAGAUUCGGAACCUCAAUCCUGUGUUUGGAGGAUCUGGACCAGCUCUCACCGGACUUCGUAAUUUAGGAAAUACUUGUUACAUGAACUCAAUACUGCAGUGCCUAUGUAAUGCUCCACAUUUGGCUGAUUAUUUCAACCGAAACUGUUAUCAGGAUGAUAUUAACAGGUCAAAUUUGUUGGGGCAUAAAGGUGAAGUGGCGGAAGAAUUUGGCAUAAUCAUGAAAGCACUGUGGACAGGACAGUACAGGUACAUCAGUCCGAAAGACUUUAAAAUCACCAUUGGGAAGAUCAAUGACCAGUUUGCAGGAUACAGCCAGCAAGAUUCACAAGAACUGCUUCUGUUCCUAAUGGACGGUCUCCAUGAAGAUCUAAAUAAAGCUGAUAAUCGAAAGCGACAUAAAGAAGAAAAUAAUGAUCAUCUUGAUGACUUUAAAGCAGCAGAAAGCGCUUGGCAGAAACACAAGCAGCUCAAUGAAUCUAUUAUUGUUGCACUUUUCCAGGGUCAGUUCAAAUCCACAGUACAGUGCCUCACCUGUCACAGAAAGUCUAGGACAUUUGAGGCCUUCAUGUACUUGUCUCUACCACUAGCAUCCACUAGUAAAUGUACAUUACAGGAUUGCCUUAGGUUAUUUUCCAAAGAAGAAAAACUCACAGAUAACAACAGGUUUUACUGCAGUCAUUGCAGAGCUCGAAGGGAUUCUCUAAAAAAGAUAGAAAUCUGGAAGUUGCCACCUGUGCUUUUAGUGCAUCUGAAACGUUUUUCCUAUGAUGGGAGGUGGAAGCAAAAAUUACAGACAUCUGUGGACUUUCCUUUAGAAAAUCUUGACUUGUCACAGUAUGUUAUUGGUCCAAAGAACAGUUUAAAGAAAUACAACUUGUUUUCUGUUUCAAAUCACUAUGGUGGACUGGAUGGAGGCCACUACACUGCCUAUUGUAAAAAUGCAGCAAGACAGCGAUGGUUUAAAUUUGAUGAUCAUGAAGUUUCUGAUAUCUCCGUGUCUUCUGUGAAAUCUUCAGCAGCUUAUAUCCUCUUUUAUACUUCCUUGGGACCACGAGCAACUGAUAUAGCCACAUAAGAGGAAGUAGGUUAUAAACUAGUUGUCUUUUAAAUGGCUGAGCAACACAGCUCUUGAAAUGCUUAUAAAGAUACUGGACAGCUUACAGCUGCCAUUCAGAGGAUUCUGAGACAGUGAGAGCUGUGUCACCAUCACCAUGUCUUUCAGGUCAGGGCUAUUAUCAAAAACCCAACUAAUAACAUUUAACAAUAUUGCAUUCAGCACUUCUUAGAGGUACCAUUUAUUCCAUAAUAACUUUUUUAGUUUGUUCCAAAGUAACUAGCUAAGCAUUAUUCUACUGGUCUAAAAACCCUUGUAUCCUUUAUUUUCAUUUUCACUGUUAUGGCCUUUUCACAUUUCUAAAUCUCAGCUUCAUCUAUGAACACUCUAGAAUGAUAUAAAGCAGAUAGGAAUGUAUGUGUAUAUAUUUAUUGCACACUUGCACAUCAAAUCGAUGUAUAUAGUAUCAUGUGGUCCUUUCGUGAAAUCUAGAACUCAAGGGAUUGCCUUUUUUUCCUUUUGGCCUAUUCUGAGUAACUUCAGUGCUUUCUUAGGGAAAUGACAGGACAAAGCUAUUUUUCUUUUGGCUUUGGGCUGUACUUGUGCACUAAAUCAUUCUAAAAAAAUAAA